AUGAUAAUAGGCGGUGAGGAAGGGGGAUCCUUCAGGAUUUGCACGACAGAUCGGAACACUUUCCAGUUGCGAAAAGUGAGGGGACACAACGGGUAAGCUUUGAAUAACUUGCUUAGUAGUUCCAGCAAUGUAGUGGGCGUGGAUUUUUCGGCGGAUGGACUUAAGGCCGUCAGCCUUGGUUCUGACGGCUUUGUGAAGAUUUGGGAUAUAUCCGUCAGUGAACUCCAGACGAAGUAUCACAUCAGCGAGAGUUGUGAACCUUCAAGUGGACUGGCCGUGAGUCGCACAGAUAAUAACCUUGUUUGUGUUGGGAACUUCGAGGGGACGGUAAAGCUAUUUGACACUCGUCAGGUUUGCCUUUCUAUUCUGUUAAUUUGCCGUACUAGCCAGACCCCGUCGGUCACUUUACGCUUCCUUCUCCAGUGUCUGCACUUCACCUUACAGCGAAUGACGCAUUUUUGACAGCUGCAGCUGGCCAGUGCAUCUAUGCCUGGAGUAUUGCCGCCGGGAAACCUUUUUCCCCAUCUAUGGCUGCCGAUGCAGGCGGCUUUCCUGGCCUUUACACCCAUUAUAAACUCAUAACUAGCCUGACGUCUUGUUUCUGCCCGGCUAUACAGUCCGGUGAGCUACUGCUUUCUGCUGGCAUGGACAAGCUGCUAAAAAUAACAUCACUCGACACCUUUGAAGAACUUCAUCAGGAGCGUCUGGCUGCUCCCAUAACCGGACUCGGCGUCUUGGUAUGUACAAUGAAACAUUGCACCCUAAAAGUUUGCUUUCUUUUGCCUUAGAAUGUGCCCAUAAUCUUGUGAUCCACAAUACCGCUCUUAGUAAUGUACUUGACAUAAGUUAAUUAAUGCCUAAUGUACUCGUCUUCUGCCAUGUUCCAUUUCUCAUUCCGCCUCAAACAUCGCUAAUUUUUUUCACAGUCCGUGUUCAUCUUCAGGACGUUUUUGUUUAACCCCGGUAAGAAUUCAUACCAUACCCCUGGACAAUUAGUAGUCACAGCAUGUCCACCGAUUCAGAGACUCUUGUUUGUCUACUGGAAUUCGCUUUUGCUAGUUGCCUGCAGGCCUAAGUGCAUUUCGUGGAGGUGGGCAUAUGAUGUCUUUACCAGGUUCUGAAUAUAGAAACAAGUGGGAUAUUUGUGUAUGUUUCGGUGUCUGAUGACCUCGUUGUGGUUCGCUUACCCGUGCUCGAAGUUCGUCUCCAAGGUAAUUUGAAAGUACACGCCUUUUCCUCCUUCCGUGCGCGGUCCUCAAAACUGUAGCCUUAUGAACUACGGCGGUUAGUUUUGUUGGGACUUUCAUGUCCAGCUAUACCGAAAGGUCCGUUCAGGAGUUAUUCAUGAACUAGCAUAUCGGGAUUUUGUGUUUCAUGUAGGCGAAUAGUUUUUGGGAAGGUUAGCAGAAGAUGGAGUUGUAGCUCGUUAUUUGGAAUCACUCGUGUGCUGUUCCAAAAUUAGGAGCGGCGGAAAAUUUUCCUUUGGAUUUCGACUAGUACUUAGGUUCUACAAAGUAGCGAGUGGAAACAAAGGCAUUGAGCACUGGCCGAAAUGUAUGAUGUGCUGAUGAUUGAUGGGAGAAUUUUCAGCCAAAAUAAGUUCCUUUAUAGAGUUUGGACCUCAUCGGAGAUAAACGCUCAUUCCGUCUUAGAAUUUCAAGGCCGCCCACAAAGUCCCUUUGUCUUAAUGUUCCCAUACUUUGCAAAGUGAUCUCGUUCCUUAUCUCUAAUCUAGAUAUUUUACCGGAGACAAUUGAAGUUAGCAAAUGCCCAUUUAUAGUGUCACCUCUGGACUGACUAUUGCUAUGAGGCCGCUUCCGAUCUCACCAGCACGUAGCUGCGAGGAAAAACUACGUAUUCCGUUGUGCAGCUAAGUUGGACCGACAAAUGUCCGUUUGAUAACUAGGCAAUUCAGCGCAAGAGAUUUGACAAGCUUCUGGCAACAUACGCAAGGGCUUCCCACUUCGUCGUGACUUACGACCAUCAUGAUAGGCACAUCUUAAUUCCUGAAAACGACUGACAGUUCACACAUUAGAACAACUCCAGCAACAUCCUAUAGCUCUUCGUGGAAUGUAUUUUACUGCAGAUCGUCAGCGUUGCGUUAACCACAGCUCCAGGAAUGUACACAAGCCAAUUCCCAGAUAAAUCGUUCCAAAAACUUAAGUAAAGUCUUGAACCGGUCACUCAGUAGUCAAGCCUGUAUAUAAGAAGCGCUUAUCUGCGCUGGGAACACUGACACCACGAACUAUGACAAGAUCGUCAUAUUACUGGGGGCGGUUCCUAUAAGCAGUUUUUUGCGCCAGUGGUCUCGUUGUUCGGCCCGUCGUUGCAUGUUUACUGGUCUUUACCUUCCUGUGUGUAAGAAUCAAUCCAUUUUCCAAUGGAUUCAACUCCUAUCUUUACGAUUGGCUGAUGAAUGGUCGAAUAUGCUAGUCCCUUCGGACCCCUAAACACUAACCGGAUACGCACUUAAGCGAUUUUAUAGUCAUACGAAUAUGAGUAUGGUGGUUUGCAUCCACGGAUCUUCAACUCUUUCUUUGAACUAUCCAAGCUCGCGAGUCAGCGCUAUCGAAAUGAGCAUUUUCAUCGUAGGCUCUUCAUGAUACCAUCUCCAGACCUUGGUAGUUGAUACGGCGGACUCCCCGUGCCGUAAUAGCUUUUCUGAUCCUGAUCACAGGAAGCCAGCUUGCCCGUUUAUUUCUCAGAACCUCUGCGCUGUUAGGCAGUGUCAAGUCUCUCCAGGAUCUCUGUGAAAUUAUUUCCAUACAUUAUCUUAAUUUCUGCAUAAUAUACAUCAGAGGUAAAAGGGGCUAAAUGAUAUUCUGAGGGUAUAGCCGAACAUAGCGCUCAUGGUCCUGAGCUCAAAUCCAGAUUAACUGUCGUUAAAAUAGAGUGAAGAACGCCAUUUCCGCACGGGCCACAGGGUUUCAAGUUACAGAUUUUCUACUGUCAGGGUCAGUAGACGCCGUUAGUGGUUCUUUAAAAAAACUGUAGCUACAAGAACUGUUUCGGUUACUGUGGUUUUGCCCUGCAUAUUUACUACUUCUUGUCCAGCCCACUCCUUAUUGCAAAUUAGGUCACGUGCAGUUUAAUUCGUAACUUACCGGCAUUUCUCUGCAUGGGAUUCUGUAACUAUUGUUCAACUUAUUUUCCAAAAUGGAACAGAGUUUCUUCUGCUUUACCGAGAAUCCUCGUGAUGUCCGGAGAAUUACCACAUAAUUCCUUCCUCAGAGCUUUGCCAUUUCACUGAAUUUUUCAAUUUAGCCUUCGCUGGAAAGUGUAAUCGUCGGAUGCGAAAACGGUCUGGUGCGGACUUUUCGCCUCAUGCAGCCGGCCUCGUUACAGGAACACAGGACAGCAACAGAUAAUGCGGAGGUGAACGACUUUGAAUGCCUUGAUCCCACCCUCAGCUCCAUGGCUUCCCAAUUCUCGGGCCACUGGCGCGUGGACAAAACUUCGGGAAAAUACAUGAAGGCCGAGUCUUGGUUCGCCGAACCUGCCAGGGCCUCCCGUAUUGGUCCGAAGGACUGGGGUUUUGAUGGAAAGAUGGCACCCCUUAUCCACCCGGUAAGUUUUUAACGAUAUAUUUUCCGCACCUACAUCGCAUGCUUCGGAUUUUCGAACCUUCUGACCAGAGUUUAGUUCUGAUCUCAAUGCUUCAUUGUUUUUUUUCGUUACUUCAUUGCCGCACUUAAAUUUUUUGAUAGCCUAAGGCACUGAGGGACACUAGAAUGGCCAUUUAUGACUUAUUUGCCGUUAUCAGCUUGUGAUGCCCCAACAUAGGGUUGCCUGUCCGAGAUUUGAAUCCGAGUCAUUUGAUCAGCGGGUCAACGGUAUCGCGGGCUGUAGACCCUCAGCCCCAAGACCAAGCGAAAGUGUCCAUUCCCGUCCUGUAAUCAGGAUAGAUUUGUGCGCGCCACUCCCAUGUAACCUAGAUCGUGCUACUCAACAGAACAGCAACCCUGGCUAGUGACUGCGCUCAUGUAUGCGCCAUAUUUAAGUCUCUGGUAUUGUUUAUCUUGGAUGCCUCGCCUACAAGGCGGAGAAUACGAAAUAGAAAAGAUACUUUCUUUGACGGUACAUGGAAUCCGACAUCAUGGUUGAAUAUCAACUCCUGCGUGUACUCUGCAUUCAGCGUAGAGCUUCCCAUGUAGCUGAUAUUUACAAUCCCUUGCGCCCUUUUGCUGUUGAUUGCAAACUAGGGUAUUUGAUGUUGGAAUUACACCAUGAAUCCUAAGAACACCUGUAGAACUCACACCGUUGUAGCUAGGAUCGUAGCAAGCACACGAGAUGGAGGGGACGAAUAAAUGCGGAUGAAAGAAGCAGAACGGGAAUACCCUUGAAUAGGGUUUUAUUACAUUACAAUUGACGUACUGGCACUAAAACGAGAACUAGAAAAGUAGUAGAUAUGAUGGAAUUUAGACAGGGGGCUUAUGUUAGCAUGACAUUCACCCCGACCAACAAAUAAAGAGAUCGAGAUGUCAGAAAAAUCGGGAGGAAAGGUUAUCAUUUGGCAAAGUUCAGGCGUCCCUGUUACGACGGCAGUUCGACCAUCGAUUUCGAUGAUGUCCACCGUGUGCCCCACAGACUGCAUUGUGGGAGCAGGGACGGUGACUUACGCAGGGGUUUAUAGUGCCAGUAGACUUGCGUAGCAUCUACCUACACUCUCUCCUCCUCCCCCGCCUGAGCCCGGUGUCAAGACCAAGUCAAGAAGAUCGGAGAUGGGGGAGGCCGCAGGUGGAUGGCUCGGACGGAUCCUCGCCUUGGCGCUCCACUCCGCACCACCUGGUCCACACACAAAUGACCAGGAUUUUGACCACAAAACAAUGGGGUGAUGGCAGUGGUCCAGUUGUGCGACGAUUGCCGACAACAGGGUCUGCCAGCGCACCCCGCAAGUGUUGGCAUUUGUUAUUGCGCACAGAUAACGCCUGCCAGAGUACGAUGUGGCCCCCGUGUUGGUCCAGCGCAUCUAACACGUGGCCCGUUUUGAGGGCACCCCUGUUACGAAGGCAGUAUUGAUGAACACGUUGUUCGAUCAAUGUUUCCAGGCCAUGCAUACGGACAUCGUCAGCGUUAGGUGCACUAAAAGAUGUUGCAUCAUUCUGUUUGUCAGUUGAAAUGGUGCUACUUUCCUGCUCAGUAAUGGGUGGGUGGUCAGGGAAAAUGGAGUGGAAUUUUCAAAUACAGGCGUCGCUGUCUCCUGGUGACAAUCACCAACAUCUUCACCGCUGUGAGCGAGUAGUCGACCGGAUACAGUUUCUUCGCUGCCUUUAUUGAGUCGUAUAUGAGCAUAUUGGGGUCACAUUGGAGCAGUUCGAUCUCCUGAACAAGCGGAUCAAACGUGGACUGUUGACUGCUCUUCUUCAGCAGAACUCGGCCAGGAGAGGUAAGCCACAUGGGGAGAGUAGUCCUAAUAUUUGACCUCCUGUUGUAGACAAACAUUCUCUCACGAGGUGUCGCAUUAACGGCAGUACACAAAAGUGAUCUACUUGAGUGUAAAGCGUCAAGUAAGACGGAUUCGCAGUGUGUGACGGGCAGAUUUUGGGAUUUUAGAGCAAGCAAGAUAGUCCUCUAUACAGUUUUGUCCAGACGUUCGACCUGCCCAUUUCCUUGGGGAUUGUACGGAGUUGUCCUACUCGUCGCCACUCCCAUACUGCGAAGGAUUUGCUAAACUUCGUUUGACAUAAAUGAAGACUCCCGGUCGGUGUGUAAGUACGAAGGAGUACUGAAUGUGAAGAAGAGCUGGCACAAACAUUUGAUGACAGUUUCGGCAGUCUGAUCAGGACAGGCAAAUGCAAAUGGGAAACGAGAGUACUCAUCAAUAAUCGUCAGCAGAUAUCGGUUGUGGGUUACCGACCGAAGAGGACCUUUAAAGUCGAGUGAUAAUCGUCCGAACGGCCGGGUGGCUUUGAUGAAUUGACCUUGUGUUUUUAAGAAACGGGGUUUGACUUCACAGCAGGUCCGACAUUUAGCGACGACAUUACGAAUCUCUUCUAUCGAAAAGGGCAGAUUCCGAGCUGGAACAAAGUACGAAAGCCGAGAGACACCGGGAUGACAAAGUGACUCAUGUAGUUCUUUCAGACCGACACUGGUUUGUAGGGCGUCACAGCAAUUACGGGAAAACGUGUCCGCCGCCUGAUUUUCUUUACGAGGUCGGUAGACAAUGUCAAAUUUGAAUGGUGAUAGCUCCAACCUCCAGCGUCCGAUCUUAUCAUUAUUGAGCUUCCCUUUUUGCUGAUUACCGAAGAUAAAGGCAACAGAAUGCUGAUCCGUGAUGAGUUUAGAGUGAUUACAGAGGAGGAAGUGCUUCCAUCUAUUUAUGGAUUCCACUGCAGCGUAUGCUUUUUUCUCUAUAUCUGAAUGAUGUCUCUCGCUUAGAGAAAGGCUACGCUAGAAGAACGCUACUGGUCGGCCAUUCUGAUUCAUGUGGCAGCGAUUGCGAAGUAUGGAGUAUCAGUCUCGACAACGAAUGGGGUAUCGUACUGAACAGUGGCCACUGUGGCUUUCGCACGUUCCUCCUUAAGAGCAUCAAAUGCUCCCAUUACCUCCAGUGGUAAAUAUAAAGUUUUGUUAUGGAUGAGCAGAUGAAUUUUAUCCGAAGAGUGAGGCAUCAAUUGUGAGUAGUAUGCAAACAGUCCUACAGUUCGUUGUUGAGACUUAAGACCAUACGGAGGAGCCAUUUCACGCAAGGACCUUAGACGACCCGGAUCCGGUCUAACGUUGCCCUUGCAUACCUCGCAACCAAGAAGUUUGAUUUGUUUAGCAGCAAUAACACUCUUGGCUUCAUUGAAUGUUAGUCCGUACUUUUCGACCACGCUAAGGAAGUCUCGAGGGGUUGAAUCAUGCUCCGCGAGGCCGUUCCCACAAUAUUUAUAGUGUCCGCAUAGACGAAGAUAUUCUUUAGACGCUCGCGCGUAAAUGUCGUCGAUGGCCCGUUGGAAGCAUGCAACCCUGUUGAUCACACCAAACGGGUUUCGACAAAAUUGGUACAAACGCCCACAAGCUUCAAAGACAGUGCACGAUCUUUCCUCUACCCGGAUGGUGUCUGGCGAUAGGCGCUCUUGAGAUUAAGAGUGCCUUAUAUGUCAUAGUUUGAAAUAUGUUCAGUCAUUUCGUGCAUUCUGGGGGCAGAGUAGGCAUCUAGAAGCGUGUAUUUGUUGGCCGUUUGGCUAUAAUCGACAACCAUCCGCGCUUUGUAGUUUUCAUUGGCUACCACCAAAACUUGGGCUCGCCAAGGGAAUAGUGAAUGCUUAAUUACACCCUCAGAAAGAAGGCGACGAAUUUCUUCUCUCAUCCAUAUUGGUGUGCCUGCGAGAUUUGGUAGCGAUAGGUUCGGUGUCAGGUUCAGAAACAAAGGGGAAGGCUCGACACAAGCGGCAGCCACAGAACAAGGCGAUAACGUAGGCGUAGGUCCACCAAAAGGGAUUUCAACACUUGUGGGGUCGGAGAAAGUCAUGUCCAAGUAGAACAUCGGCGCAAAAAUUCGGCAAGACCGAUAGCUUGACCUUCUCGUAUAUUGUACCUUUAUAUUUAAUAGAGACAAGAACAUGUCCGUGCGUGGCGCUGGUUAGGGUGGUGGUGGUGGCCAUGGAUAUCUUAGUGUGAGAGUUAUGAACCUUUACUCAUUUUAGAGUACCAAUGAAGAAGAAAUGUAACUUUCAGAACUACCUAUGUCAAUUAGAGCCUAAAAGGUAACUCCAUUUGUUUGUAAUUCAACCACUGCGCUUGAAAGACAGUUGAAAACAGCAGCUGGUGCCACGGCGGAAAUGGUAGGAUACAUAGCGGAAGAGACUGCUUCUCGGUUUCGUGGUGCCAGGCACACCUUUUGAAACUGCCCUUUUUACCGCAUCCUUUGCAUAACGAAUCACGUGCGGGGCACAUCGAACGGUGUUGCCUGUCGUAUGCACAAAAGAAGCAUGUGCUAGGGAAUUAAGUAGAAGCCACUAGGUCAGGCUCUUUAACGGGACUCGAUAAAGUGUCAAAUGGCUCAGUAGCAGCAGAGAAUGAGGGCUUCGGAGAGUUCUGAUACGAUAGAUACCGUCUCUCUGCCAAUUCCAGUGACGUUUCCUGGUCAAAGGCAGUUUGGAAAUUCAGAUCCUUCUGCUCCAAUAACGUCUGCCGAAUCUGGUUUGACGAAAGGCCACUGAUGAACGCAUCUCUAAUGGCAUCGUCGUUAUCUUGUUCUGCCGUAACGGCUUUAAAAUCGCGGUCGUCAGCCAAGGAAUUUCAUUUUUGGGUAAACUGGUCGAGGGUUUGUACGCCUUCCUGUCUGCAGGUUGCCAGAAAAUGGCGGACAAAGAUUUCGUUUUUGGGUCUUGAGUAGAGACCUCGUAGAAAUUUAACAGCUUCGUAACUGGAGCAUCAACUUAUGCAUUCCCAGACUGUGGGAGAAACGUAGUCAGAACGCUUAAUUUAUCCGGUUUAAGGUAAUUGAUCGUGGGUAAGAAACUUUCAAAGAUGCGAAAUUAAUGAUUCCUUUGUUUGGAAGCGUCUUGAGCAUUCGGAUCAACAUCGAAUCGUUCUGGCCUAAGGAAUCGAUCCAUUCUGGAGUUGUGAAAUGAAUAAAUUGUUGUAGCUAGGACCGUAGCAAACACACGAAAUGGAGAGGACGGACAAUUGCGGUUGCAAGAAUCAGAACGAGAAUACCCUAUAAUUUGGCUCUAUUCAUUUUACAAUUGAUGUGCUCGGACUAAAACGAGAACUAGAAAGGUAGUAGUAAAUAAGAUGGAAUUUAGUCAGGGGCUUAUGUUAGCAUGGUAAACACAAAGUUGUCUUGUAUACUCUACUCUCUCCCCUUCGUGUGGGGAAAAUGUGAUUGCAGUGUCACACUAUUCCUUUUCAACAAAUUUAGUUCUAUAAUGAAAUAAAGGGAAUAACUGCCCUGCGGCUUUUUUCGAUUUUCUAACCGAAAAUUAACCCUGUAGUUAAACCUUAUACUACUAAUAUGCGCUUCUCGCCAGACCCAAGCCGGCGUACACUAUGGGUGCCAACUCACAAGACGUUGAACAAAGUUUGGCAGUUUUUGACCAGAAACUGUAACCCCAGUGGGGUUGGUGGGUUGAAAAGUAUAGAGUGGAAACUUAGGCUUAUGGUGCAAGGUCAAAUUUUACAUGAUAGUGUCUCAAAUUCUGAAAUUGAUCUGCCUUAUCCAGGCGUUGGUGAUAAUUUCGUCACAACAGUUCUGAUUAUGUGAAACUUAGCCGGAAAACGUGUUCCCUAAAAUGCAAUCUCAUCGCCACCCUUUCUCCAUUAGAUCUCCGUUGGGUGCUCAGCUGUCCAAUCUAUUAGAACCUUGCCAGUUUUGCGAAUAAGCGAUAUUCUUCUUGUGACUCACGUACAUAGCCUAUCUUUACCUGUUCACUUGUUUGGUACACCAGACCAGGGAUUUUCAAUGCAACCGCGGCAUAAUAUUUUCUUAGAUUGAAAGUUACGCCCUAAUAUUGAGUCGAGUUUCUGGAUCCUGCUUCUAAAUGACGCGGGUUGUCUCAAGUGUGUUUCCCACUUUCAGCCCACUCUGUUUACAACGUGCGUUCGGAUCAUAAUUUAUUCUUAUACUCGUGCUGAUCUAGUCUAAAGUAGUGGAAAAUAGUCAUGUUUUCACAAAAUUCACUUUACUUGAUGCGAAACCUUUAUGGACUUUAUGCAUCAAGUAAGUAGGGACCAAAACCUCAGGAACACUCCUCAUCUCCUCGCUACACUAGAUCCUAGAAUUCAAAUUUCGAAAUUUCAGAAUGCAAAUUUCAAAAUUCAAAUCCGGAGUACAUCAUGGACGACGUAGAUUUAGGUCCAUAAGUAUAGGCGCUUGAUUUUAUUCGGCUUGUCUGAGAGCACUCUUAACGACGUGGAAUAAUUGCCUGGGUCGGUUCAUGUCAUCCGUUCUGACGUGCCCGUUCCAAUGCUAUUAUACCUGCCGCAGCACAACGUCGUUACCGAGAAUCCCCGUUCUUCCCAGGACUUCGGCGUCCGGGGCAUUUCCAGCCACUUCACCUUCAGGAUUUUCCCAAGGCAGUUGAGAUGAAAGUGGUCUUCCUCUCUUGCUUGACUUUCAUAAACUGUCUAUGUCUCCAACUCACGGAAGUGUAGACAGGGCAACAGCCAUGCACAUUCUUAGUUUUAUUUUGAGGGUGCCGAUACGAUUAAAGAGGGGGGUUUUGUAACCUGUCGAAAGCCUUACUAGCUUGCUUUGGAGAUUCUACGGUCGAUUUCGUCGUCGACUUUGAUGUUCUUCGAGAUCGUCCCGCUGAGGUACAUGGAAUCUUCCACUGGUAUGAUGCGAGUAUUAUUGAUCCUGCGUCCGUUGUAAUCAUCAUUUGACGCCGGCUGAUGAAUGACCACUGUCUUCUCUGUGCCACUUGUCAUUUCUAACUUUGAUCAGCUUGAGACUGAGGUCCACACUGCGCUUCCAUUGUUGUAUUUGGCGUGCAGUUGUCCACGAACUAGAGGUCAUGGACACCGACCUGAGAACCUCUUGUUAAUGCCUGCAUGUGUCGGGUUUUCUUCAGUUCGGUAAGUGACGUCGAUUCCGAACAGCUUUUCACGGUACGCAUUCACCAGAAUAAUUGAGAUUAUAAAGUUAGGUAGGGCGGGCUUGUAUCGACGCAGACAUUGAAGUCACCAAGAGAAAUCACUUUUUCCGACUUCAGCGCAGUUGCGAGGAGGACGUGCAAGUCUUCGUGGAAUUUGAUUCUGCUGUCGUUUAAACUGAUCAUUGGCGGAUGACGUGGAGGAGGAGGACGACUAGAGCUCCUGCUAUCUUCAUUUCUAAUAAAUUGGUCACUUAAGUGCUUAAAAACGAACAGACAGUUCCGGCUACCAGAGUAAGCAGUUUCAGCCCGACAGACUAGAAAGGCACGGGGCUGUAAUGACGAGGAUAGGUGUUGCGUCUUGACUUUUAGGUGGUCUACCUCGUGAAAUGCCUAUAGUAACGAAGAGACGAGUCCCCGUAAGCAGUCUUGAAGGUCGCUGGGACAAGAGCUUUAUUAGCCUGACGUUUCGGAUUCCUACUCGGACCUAUCAUCAGAGACAAAAGCAGUUACGCAUGUUCCUUGCGCUAGGGGCUGCAGUAUUUAUAGGAUGCAGUCGCCAUCCUACUGCACACCUAUGAAUAUUCACUACUCCCCUCCCUCCCCCCCCCCCCAUCAGGGAUCGUUGGACUUGGUGUGGCGACAGUUUGAUGGCCGAAAUUCGCGUCGUUAAUUGCUUCAAUUACAUCACGUGUGUUGGAUGUUAGUGUGACGAUUGCUCGUUCAUCUGAACCGACCCUGGUGUUGAGAAAAGUUUUUACCUGUGCGCUCCCCUUGUGGCUAAUUACUCCGCCUAAGGCGGUCUCAGCACCGAGUAUGGGAAGGGAAGAUCAUUGCACUUGUUAAUGGACUAGGGGCCAGUAACCAAUGACUCAAACAGCUCCCGGCUCACGCGGUUGUCACCUCUUGCGAGAAUUUCGGUCUCGUCAAAUUUGAAUGUAUAGCCAGAUUUCGUCAAAUAAUCUGCAACUUGAGAGCUGGCGUCAUUUCACCGCACCGCUGCAGCGUGCUCGGCCAUUCGCGUUCGGAGCUGUCUUCCAGUUUCUCCGACGUAGUUGCCUUGUCCGCACCUGCACCAGACCCGAUAAAUGACUCCAGACGUUUCUUGCCGUGGCAGGAGGUCUUUCGGUUUCAUUACGUCACGCCUGAUGGUUGCCUCCGGUCUGUGUGCAGCUCUAACCCCAAGUGGUGCGAGAAGACGGCCGACAGAUUCCGGAACUUUCUUGACAUGCGGAAGUGCUCGCCAAAAUUUGGUGUCCGUGCUGUUAGACCUUUCGUCCCGUUUGCGUAUGCACCGGCUGACGAAGUUGCGCGGGUAGCCAUUGGCUUUGAAGACUCGUCGGAGGUAUUGUAGUUUGGCAAUCUUGUCGUCCGGUCACUGCAGUGCGUUUCAACACGCCGAUAGAGCGUCCUUACACAACUGCGUUUGUGAUUGAUUGGGUGGUUGCCGCUGAAAUUCAGUAUUUGCAUCGUAUUUGUCGCUUUCCUGAACACUGGUCUCUAUUCCACCACAAUCUUUGCGGCAUACGAGGACAUCCAGGAAGGCCAGCUGAUUGUUCUCUUCCUCAUCCACCGUAAAUUGAAUGUUCAGGAAGAUGGCGUUGAGAUGCCCUUUGAAUGUCAGCACCUGAUCCCGUUCGAUGACGACGAAGGUAUCAUCCACAUACCGGGCCCAGAAAUUCGAUCUGUCGUUUUGGAAGACCAGUUACUCUAACCGUUGUAGGACCGCCUCGGCGAUAAAUCCCGAAAUCGGCGAACCCAUUGGUGUGCGCUUCACCUGUUCGUAGAUUGUCCCGUCGAACGUGAAGCACGUCCUGAGACAAAGCUUCAGGAGCUGAAUAACUUGGGCGUGUCCAAGACGGUUCUCCGUUGAGAUUAACUAUCAUUACGCGCUUAUAGUGGAGUUGGUCUCAUUUGAGAGGAAAAAACGUUCAUUUUCAAUGAUUGAUUUGUUCAGAAUAGUUUAUAGACGAGAUAGUAGCAGCAGGUAAACUGAAAAGUCAUUUGACGAAGAGCCUUCCGGAAAAUAAAGAUAAACCAAAGGGAUAUUUCGACUAUUUACAAUUUGACCUUGGAAAACAAUCUCAAAAGGGUGGUGCUUUGAUCAGCUCCAGAAAAGCUGUAAGUUACGACGUAGCGCAGCACUUUUUACAGAAUAAGGAACUGCAUUCAAAGCUGAAAACAUUAAUUUCCCUAACUUUAGACUGCCAGGAAACCCUAGAAUAAGUGCAACAUACUCUGCUGGCAUCUUCCGUGGUGACUUAUAAAUUUAAGAUUUUUUGCGAGGCGCUGAUACUUAGUCCCUAGAGCCAGAGAAAGAGGAAUUGGAUAAACUUUUAACACUAUAACUGGAGAUGAAAGCAAAUAUCAACAGAGAAAGCUCAAUUGCUUGAAAUUUUACUAAGCAUCAGACUGGAAUGACCAAACGUUUGCUUCUUUUUCACUAUGACAUCAGGAGAGGGACGAGGGAACAUUAUUUUCUUCAGUUAAUGAACCAUAAAGUAUAUCUGAGAGGACUAUGGUAGGAUAGAUGUGUCAGUAUCUGCGCUCAUGGGACGCCCGGAAAAAGGGUUUGUCAGUUAUGCUUUGUGUCGUAAUACACUCUAUCAUACAUCGCAAGGCUUUCGCGUCAGAUAUUUUGCCACAAAAAUAAAGACGACAAGUGAGUAUGUCCCACGUUAUGUCUACAGCGUUCUAGCCCUUUAUCGUCAUAUGCGGGGCCAGGGAUUCGAAUAGUAAAUGUCUGCUGUGUCAUGCAGAUAUUGGAUUGCCUUUAAAGACAAAGGUACUUAAACGAGUUUUCCACCUGCAAACUGAAAUCGCUCCCUUCCAUGAUGUCAAGAAAUUUGGUCUUUUAUUUUUGGGACGACGUUUAGUGGCUUGAGUAAAGUUUCGCCAAUUGCUUUUUCCACAAAUCCUACAAGGUUAGGAAGAGAACAUCUUCGCAAACCAAAAGAGCUCAAAAAGGGGAUGCAACUGAGAAACAUGAAAGCAAAAAAUUCACGGCUUGAAUGCCUCCAAACUACUGCUGCAUCUCCAUCAAAAAGUGGACGAACGAUGCCUUCACGUGGCUGUAUUCAGUCCUGGCGACGGUUGGCCUAUAGGCAACUAAACGUCGAGUACGACUGAAAACAGGUGGCUCAGUGGUAUUAAAUGUAAUAUAUGGCGGAGUGUUUAGUCGGUUGGUCAAACUCCGAUGACCCAGUAAUGACUUAAGGUGCCAAAAGCAAACAACGAUGGGAAGGGUGAAAUCACAGAUGGGGGAGGGUUAGGUUUUACGAAUUAUGAUUGGAUUGGGGAGAGUUAAGCGUUGCGAAUUAAGCAUUUCGGAAUUUCGGUUGACAUUUCACGAGUUAGCCCACCUACUGUAUAUUUUGGUUCCAAAAGCCAUGCUCAACAUGCAGCAUAUUUCACUGCCCUUUUAUUGCAUGUUUCUCAAUCUCUUCCUCUAGGAAGCGUUAAGCAGUGCGUCCGCAAAUAUAGCUACAUUGUAACCCUAGAAGGCCGCCGAACUCAACCGCGAAUUACGACUGAGCUACAGUAAGAUGACCUGAAUUAGCCCGAGGAGCCUACAUGCUCAUGUUGUGACGGUGGUCUUGCCUAAUCUAACCGAUCCGGGUGGUGGGGCGUAUACCACCUCACCAUGCGUAACCAUGUGCGGCAACGUACCUUUGUCGGCGUUUUGUCGUACAAAGACCAUCUGACCGUUGGAACGGAUGGGUCUGCUCGAGUCCCCGCGCAGGACGUUCCGCCCAUCUCAGCGCAAGCGUUUCUAAGAGCGAAAUAUUAUGCGUACUCCUAGCAUUUAAGUAGCGAUUUAUGAUUGAUAUUUCUGCACACGGUUGAGAAGCUUAUCGGUAGAACGCCGGCAAGCUACAUUGAAGUUAUGUUCCUUAUGACUCUUGUGCGCCCACCUUAUUGUUUCAUUCUAUUUAAAAGUGCAUUUAAAUAUUUCGGUCAGUAUCUCAUGGAUUCCAGUGCAUGCUGCAUGUUGCAACUGUUGUCCAGGUAUUGUCCUCUUAUCCUGGUGUCACUGUAGUGUCCAACUCCAAAUUCCUCGAUGCAUAAUCCGUAAAGCGCAGUGCCCUUUGCAUAUUUUCAUAUUUUUACUUCUCCUUUCCAUUUAGACCACGGAAAUCUCUCGAUUUAAUCUAGCCACCAGCGGCCACGUCAACCUCACCCGCGUGGACCGCAUUCUUUCACGGUUUGAGCACUCUAGGGCACUGAGUGCCUCUCUCUGUUUGGGCAGACACUUGGCUAGACGCGGCGAUCCGUUCCUCCAAAAUCUCCCUUCCUACGCCUUCCCCGUGGCCGUGGUGCGGGAACUGAGUCGCCGGGGCACCCUUGUGGCUGCAGUCAGUGGCCGCACCGACGUUCAGCUCAUCAGACUCCUUCGAUUCAUUCGGAAACAUGCCUGGUAUCCUGACGCCCUGCCUACUUGUGUCCUCCUUUACCACACAAUAACGGGUAUGCUGGUACUGUUACUGUGUUAAUCAGAAAUUCACUCUGUGAGGUCCCCCGUACCCCAAGCUAAUGGCAACUGAUACUAGAUAGUCGCAGUCUUCCUUGUUCAAAGUUAUCCGUAUUGCCAAAUUUAGCCACGACGUUUAGCGCCUUCGGUUUUUUAUAGUGAGGUAAUCUAGUGCAGGAUCCCACUGGCAUGACCCCUUUCUCUCUCUCUAAUGCCGGCAAAAAGUCAGAGUCACGCCAACUGGAGGUUAGAUUGGGUGCAGUAACCCACGUGACGUGAAACCCACGCCUAACGCGUGUACCCGUUCAAGGCUGACGCAAUAGUUCAAAAUGCUUACAGCCAGUUUCUUUCAACGCUAACAUUCCUACAUGGAAUAUGAGAGGGCAUUUGUUUAGUCGGCAGGUGACCAGGUGUCGCCAACAUGUACAGUCUACACACGUACUUUGGGGUCAAAAGGUGAACUUUCCCAGUCAACGCAUGGCUGCCCACUACUUGAAUUAAUUUCUUUCAAACAGCCUAUCGGCACAUUUUCGCACUGGGUGCGCCCAGGCCGCUAUUUACCCAAGAAAUUCUUGUACGUAGUCUUGAAAUCAACACUGAUGAACGAGUGGUAAAAAAGCCGAUGGCUAUUAAAGAUUGACUCCUGGGUAAGUGUAGCGUUUAAUACCGCCGUAGGUGUCAAACUCGGCUCUAGCCUCUCCAACAGGCUAGUUGACACACAAGUGACCGUGGUGCUGUUUUCGAGGGCUCAACAACUGUAAGCAUAAGGGAGUUGACUUAACUGCUAAGUAUAGUUUCCUUUUACCUAAAUAGCGACCAAAGCAUUGUAUUAUUCUUGUCUUCUGUUCUUAUUUUCAAACACCUUUUGUAGAUAUCUAUCCUACUUCCCGCCUCAUGAGCAUUGCCGAAUUUUCCAAAGUUGGCAAACUGUUCCAGGUGAUGUCGUCGAACAUAAAAAACAUGUUAGAACUGUCUAAGAAUCUCCAUGACCUGCUCUAUUCCAAACCCACGGAGGAGGUGAAAAUGGAGGUAGCAGAGGAGGAGACGGAAACAAAGAAGGGGCCGCCGGAUUCUACACAAGCCAUUGAGGUAUGCUCUCCCAAGAAGAUUCGACAAAAAACCCGACAGAGUGAAAAGCAUCGAAAAUCCCUGGAACCAUCGACCACUGUCUCAAAAAAACGGAGACGUUCUGAGUUGACAGUGUAG